AUGAAUACCAUCAAAACAGACCAAAUCAUUGAACUUGAACAACCUUUUAUAAAAGUUCCUUAUGAGCAACUCAAGAAAUCCUUCCGACAUUCCGCGAAAUAUAUUGAUAAAGAAGUGACCGAUUUGAAUGAUAAGAUUGAAAGUUGUAUUAGUGCCUCGGAAAGAAAUGAAUUACCUUUGGAUAAAGCAACUACCAUAUUAGAAGAACUCUCAAAAAAAGUAGAAAAAUUGAAUAAAAGGAUACGAAAUAAUCAACAAGAAGAAGCUCAACAUAUUCGAAGAAUUCGUGCUAGAUUGGAAAAUCUUGGUACAAUCACCGAUGUCACUUCACCAAAAUCACCGGAAUUCCAACGAUGGACACAGCUGCGAUUAAAUAGAGUGAUUGUGGAUUAUUUAUUACGAGAAGGAUUGACAGAAACUGCAAAAAGAAUGGCUGAAGAAAAUGGAAUACAAGAUAUGGUGGAUAUACAAUUAUUUGCCCAAUCAGAAAAGGUGGAAGAAGCAUUACAAAGACAUAGUUGUAAAGAAUGUUUACAAUGGUGUGCAGAAAACAAGUCUAGUUUAAAGAAAAUGAAGAGUACAUUGGAAUUCAAUUUAAGGCUUCAAGAACAUAUUGAACUUGUACGAUCUGGAAAAGGUUUGGAAGCAGUAGCCUAUGCAAAAAAAUACUUGGUACCUUGGCAAGCAACUGAAUCGAAAAAGAUUAUGGAAGCUAUGGGAUUAUUGGCUUACAAAAAAGAUACUAUGUGUGAACCAUUCAAGAGUUUAUAUGAUCCUAGACGAUGGCAAGAAUUAAUCACUCAAUUCCGUGCUGAUAAUUAUGCUCUUAGUUCUCUUACUUCACAUCCUUUAUUAUCUAUUACACUUCAAGCUGGUUUAUCUGCUUUGAAAACAACUCAAUGUUAUCAACAUGAAAAUCAAAAUGUGAAUUGUCCUGUAUGUGAUGAAAAUACUUUUGGUCAAUUAGCUGAAAAACUUCCUCUUAGUCAUCAUGUCAAUUCAACUGUGGUUUGUCGAAUUAGUGGUAGAAUAAUGAAUGAAGAUAAUCCUCCUAUGUUAUUACCAAAUGGAAGAGUUUAUAGUUAUGAAGUAAGUCAAAAAAAAAAAAAAAGCUUUUAUAUAAUAAUAAUAAUAUAUGAUUUUUAG